AUGGGAGGGUACGUCCCGCCGCACAUGCGCGAGGGCGGGCGCGGACGCGAGGGCGCCGUCGGCGGGGACCGGGCGGGCGGGCGCGGCGGGCGUCGCGGGCAUCAGGCGUCGUCAUCCCGGAACCGGCAGCCGUCAGUUCCCGCCACCCCGGACGCCGCCGUGGAGGACGCCGUCAGGCGCAAAGACGCCGCGGAGAGGAAGCUCGGCAAAGACGGCGCGCGGGGCGCGUCGGCCGCGGCGUCGACCCUCGCGUCCAUCGCGCGAGAGCUGAGGUCCGCGCUCGCCGUCCCGAAUCUCUCGCCCUCCGCCCGAUCCGACGCCGGGCUCGCGCUCGGCGAGGCGCUCUGCGCCGCCGCCGCCGCGACGGUGACCGCCGCGCGUCACGGCCCGCUCACGCCCACACUCGCGCGCGCGGAGCGUGACGCACGCGCCGCCGCCGCGCGCAUGUACGAAGACGCCGCGACGGUCCUCGCCGAUCUCGCGAGCUGGUGCGAGCGCCAGAUCCCGACCGACUCGGCGGGGGACGACCCGGACGCGUGGGCGGACGCGACGCUCGCGGCGACGACCGCGGCGGCGAACGCGCUCGCGGCACUAGGCGACGUCGGGGCCGCGAGCCCCCGAGACGACCCUGGCGCGAGCGUUACGACCGUUACGACCCUGUCUCGAGCGGUGGAUUUGUACGAAUCCGCGACUCGACUCGCGUCCAUCGCCGAGGCCGGAGCGAGGGACGUCCGAUCCAGAAACGCCGCCGCCGCCGACGCGCUCGCGGGGCUCUGGAACCUCGCGGACGCACGCGUUAAGCUCGCGGAGGCGAUCGCGGCGAGCGGCCACGGCUUUGGCCACGACCAAAUCCAAAUCCAAAACCAAAUCCAAAACCAAAACGUCGCGAGGGCGGAGACGUUGUUCGCCGCCGCCUUCGCCGCGUACGAACUCGCGUGCGCUCGAUGCGACUCGCGCGCCGGCGACGACCUCGCGGGUUUGCUCAUGGACUGGGGCGUGGGCCACGCCUCGCACGCGCGGGUGCUGGCGGACGUGCUGGCGUCGGGUGGUGUGGGGGGCGCAUGGGACUCCGACUUAUCCGCGAGGGCUCUUGACGCGUGCGAACGGGCGACCGAAAAGUUGGCGAGGGCGGCGGAGUUUGGGGUUGGCGACGUCGACGCGCACGUCGCCUUCGGGGAGGCGCAACGGACGCGAUCGGAGGUGCUUCGCGCCGAGGCGACGGCGCGGAAGAGGCGGAUCGAAACGUUUCCAGAGAGUCUCGAUCCUUCUUCCGGUAUGAGUACGCGAUCCUGCGACGAUCUCUUCGCCGACGCCGACGCCGCGCUGGCGCGGGUGUCCGACCCGGAUCACCCGCACCCGCUCGGGUUCGCGAGGGCGCUGAGGCUGGAUUCACGACAUCUGGACGCCCUCGUGGGGGCUGCGGAGUGCCACGUGGAACGCGGGAAGAUGAUGCGCGAUUCGUGGAAUCAACCGUCGGAGAAUCCGUCGUCGAGCGGAGACGAUUCGAAAGCGCACUUCGCGCGGGGGUGGGCGACGUACAGAGUCGCGCUGGAAGGUCCGCUGCUCUUCCCCGACGACAGGGUGGACCCCGGCUGGGCGUCGGACCGACUGGAGAUGGCGUACAACGCCGCGUGCGCCGCGUGUCUCGCGGGCGACCUCGACGCCUCGGAGCGAUUGCUCGAGAGCGUCGUCGAGUGCGACGACGAGACGCGCGAGGCGAUCGCGGCGGAUGCCGACCUCGAGGCGUUGCGAUUGCGGCGGACGUUCGCGGGGGUACCGCCGGGGGGAUAG